AUGGUGAUUGGACGAACAGCUGAAACUAUAAUAUAUACAUAUGAUGGUCCGGUACAUUUUAUUACAGAGAUUGAUGGUAUACGCGUAUUAUCUGGUUCUUCUCAUGAAAUGAUACAAAAAGUACCAAAUGUCGUUCAAAAAAUAUUUCGAAUUAACUCAACCGAUCCUGCGUCUUAUUUAUUGGAAGCAUCUAAGCAGUUUCAAAGAAGGAGUCAUAAAGCUGAUAGUUAUAUGGAUUUGGCUGCUAAAUUUGGAAAAGGAUUUAGUAGAACAAUUAAUCCUGAAUAUUACGUCAACAUGUGCCGAACUUUAAGAGUUUUAAAUGCUGUGCGACACCCUGCAAUUGGAAUUCCACUAACAUAUACGCAGUAUCCUUUUAUAAAAGAAUACCUUAAUGACAACAGAUUCACUGUCCUCACGAGUCAAGUACUGUUGGACAGACUCGUUGCGAGAAGACAUUACUAUUUAAGUAUACAAAUUGCACGGCAUCUUCAGUUACCAGAAAUCGAAGGAGAAAGUCGAAUAUUAGCUCAUUGGGCUUGCUAUAAAGUAAAACAAACACAAUUGGACAAGGAACAAAUAGCAGAAGAAAUAGCUGAUAAAUUAGGCUAUGCACCUGGUGUUUCUUAUAGCGAAAUCGCAAGAAGAGCAGCCGACUGCGGCCGAAAACAACUUGCAAUUAAAUUAAUAGAUUACGAACCACGUGCGCAUCAACAAGUACCACUUCUAUUGACGCUUGGUGAGGAGAGAGCCGCUUUACAUAAAGCCGUUGAAAGUGGAAAUACCGAUUUGGUUUAUACUGUAAUACUUCAUCUUAGGGAGAAUAUGCCACUCGGUGAUUUUCAGAUGUCCAUAAUGCACUGUCCUUUAGCGAUGGCUUUAUACAUCAAGUAUUGUCAAAAUCAUAACCGAGAGACACUCCGUGAUAUUUAUAAUCAGUAUGAUGAUUUUCAUUCUCAAGCGAUAUGGUUCAUUACCGAGAGCUAUCAACGAAAGAAUACAAUGUCCAGAGAAGCAUUGUUACAAUCUGCACAAGAAAAUUUCAAAUUAGCUCGCAGUGACAGCAAUGCAACUUUAACAGAAGAACAAAUAAAAUUGUUACGCUAUCAAAGGUCUAUGGAAGAUGUGUUACAGGAAUCCAUUGUAGGAAAACCACUUCAUGAUACUGUAAAAGUAUUAUUAUUGCGUAAUGAACUCAAAUUAGCUGAUAAAUUGAGAUCAGAGUAUAAAAUAUCAGAUAGAAGCCUUUUAUAGACGAGUGCUUGAAAUAUAAUGAAGAAAGAGAGGCAAAAAAAUAUUUACCAAAAGUAAGGGAUGAGUUGAAAGUAAAAUAUUUGGUUAAAUUAAAAAUGAUAAAUGAGGCGGUUCAAACGGCAAUGGAACAAAAAGAUGUUAAUGCGUUAACUUUCUUAUUAGCGCAAUGUGAAGCAACAGAUAGACAAUUAAUUGAUAAAAUUAAUAUGUCCAUAACAAGUCUCAAAAAUUGA